CUAUUUGAUCGAUCACCAUACCUUCCUCCGAAUUUUCAGAAACACGAAAAGAUUCAAUUAAAAUUAAAAUAAUAAUAAUAUUAAUAAUAAUCAGAGGUGAGAGGAUCUUCGAGGAAAUCCUGGUGGGGUGUGUCGUGUCCUUUUAAAGGAUGGCUUCGAAGCGGAUCUUGAAAGAACUUAAGGAUCUUCAGAAAGAUCCUCCUACCUCUUGCAGUGCUGGCCCGGUGGCAGAAGACAUGUUUCACUGGCAAGCUACAAUAAUGGGUCCUCCUGACAGUCCUUAUGCUGGUGGAGUGUUUCUAGUUACCAUUCAUUUCCCUCCAGAUUAUCCAUUUAAGCCACCUAAGGUAGCUUUUAGGACGAAGGUUUUCCAUCCGAACAUCAACAGCAAUGGCAGUAUUUGCCUUGAUAUUUUAAAGGAACAAUGGAGCCCUGCUCUUACAAUUUCCAAGGUAUUGCUGUCGAUUUGCUCUCUGUUGACAGACCCAAACCCAGAUGACCCUCUAGUGCCUGAGAUUGCUCACAUGUACAAGACAGACAGAAGCAAAUAUGAGACAACAGCUCGUAGCUGGACUCAGAAGUAUGCCAUGGGCUAGCUGCUGGUGUAUGCAAAGGUUUGAUAAGGAAGUGCUCCUUUUCCUUGUUGGUUUUGCUUCUUUUAUUUUGUAAAAACAAAAGUUGUGUUGAAUUAAUGCGCCUAUCGUAAGAUGGACUAAAUUGGAAAAGGUCACAAAAACAUCCCUUCUAUAACCUUAUGACACUCUUUUUCUGCUUUUCUCUUUGUAUGGAAAUAUUCACCUUUUCUAUCAA